CUGCAAUUUCUGUGUUUCUCUAUCUGAUUUUGCCAGAGAUGGGUUAGUAUACAACAUUAGGACCACAUCCACCUUCGGUUUACCUUGGAAGCAGAAAAAUGAUGAAUACUUUGCCUGGAACUAGUGAAAUAGUCGAAUCAGUAGAAGAUUUUGAUUCUGAAUCAAGAAUGGAUGAAACUGAUGGACAUCAUAUGGUGAAGCCUGGACCAAAGGGUUCUAUAGAGGACGAUAUUAAUAAACUAUUUGAGGCGAUAGACAUCAGGAAUUCUCGUCAAGUUGCUAAAGAUGCUUUACGGAAGAGUGCCAUGAAAAGACCAAUUAGAGAUUGUUCAUCUCCAGUGUCGGGUAUUGGAAUUUCAGAGUCCGUGAGUUUGAAGCAGGCAUUAAGAGGAUUAUGCAUCUCUCAGGCGUCAGAGAUGGCUGCUAUGAAGCGGUCAUCAAAACCUUCUAGGUUGUCAGGAGUCUCAGAAGCUGGAACUAUUAAGAGGUUGUACAGGGCAGUGGUAGUUGAGGCCAGUGAUUCUAGUUAUCCCCUUAACGAAGGUAAAGGGAAUGUGGUGAUCUCCCUUGUUCCGGAAAGUAGCAUGUCAGAUUUGUGUGAAAGGGUACCUCAAUCUCAUCAUGUCUCCACGGUAGAAACGUCAAACCAGAGUGCUUGUUCUUCUACUCUUUUGGCAGAUGCAUCAACAGGAGAAGCAAAAAUAACCAUAACACUACCACAAGAUGAUAUUGUUCCCUUGCCAACUACAGUUGGUGGUGAAAUUUCAAAGACGAACCAGGGCCAGUGCGGACAGAUAAUUUCGACACAAUCUUCAAUUUCCACUCACUGUAGCAAGAAGCUCCCAAUGCUAGAUGAGGUUCUUCCUGCAUCGGUUGAAGUUUUGACUGAAUCAGUACUGCAAGACAAGGAGCAAAACUUCAAGUUGCAUUCUGCAUCUUAUUCAUCUGGCUCUACUGCUGGAAAUAAGGUUAUCAAACCUGCAAGCAGUAACCCCCGUUUAAUUAAGCCUGUUUUUGGGAACAAGAGCUUUGUGAAGAAGAAAAUCAGACAAGCUUUAACUUCUGUGACCAGUAGUUCCAAUCACUGUAAUGUAGGAGCCGAUGAUGACUCGGGUCCUAGUACUAGUACAGUGGUUUGCGGUACUCCUGACAGUGCUAUGGUGAAUCUAAGUGAAGAAACAAAGAAAGCAUCUCCUGCAUCAAGGAGUGCAAACAUAAGCAUUGAAAUCAGUUCAACUUCUGCAAACUUUAGUGUUGGGAAACCAGAUCUCACUUCAAGGUGUUGCAGCAAAACUAGAAGUGUACUUACGAAAGCUGAUGAAAGCUCCAGAUCAAGAGAAAAGGGGGAGUUCUCUCAAAGCUCAAAAAGUAGCAUUGGUGAGUAUAGCAGUAGUACAAGCUUUAGUGAAGAAAGCAAUCUAAGUGGAUCUAGUCGCGGUGGCUACAGGCCUCACAUGUCAAAAAACUUGAGAUGGGAAGCCAUUUGCUGUGUUCAGAGCCAGCACAAAAGCUUUGGCUUGAGACACUUUAAGCUGCUUAGGAAGCUUGGUGGUGGCGACAUUGGGACUGUCUACCUUGCUGAGCUAAUUGGCACAAACUGCCUUUUUGCUUUGAAAGUUAUGGACAAUGAUUUUUUGGCUAGCAGGCGGAAAAUGUCAAGGGCUCAAACUGAAAAAGAGAUACUGCAAAUGCUGGAUCAUCCAUUCCUCCCUACCCUUUAUGCCCAUUUUACAACAGAUAGAUUCUCAUGCUUGGUUACGGAAUAUUGUCCAGGCGGAGAUCUUCAUGUGCUGCGGCAGAAGCAACCCGGCAAGAGUUUCUCUGAACAAGCAACCAGACCACAGCCAAUGGGCUCCCGCAUUCGAUUUUGGGUUCAUACAGCUGCUAUUUUUGUAAGAAUUGCUAUCAGAGAUGCUAGGCUGCUAUUGGGAUAUUGGCCUUACCGUCUGUGA